GCAGAAAGCGCUGAAGGAUAAUGGUUAAGCUUUAAAGUUCAGAAUUCUUUUUUGCUUUUUUCUGUUCCUGUAUUUUUUUCGUUGAGUAAGAGUCAUUCAUUCACACUAUAACUGUAAAAAUUACUAUGACUUAUAAUAUCAAAGGGUGGCAUUUACUCUAGGAAAAAAAUGACACCCUUCCAUGUUCGGGCCCAUAUGAAUACAAGUUACUUUAUUCCACUGACUGGAUUUACUUUUGCCCAGGUGGUAGGAUCUUUGGCGUUUCGAAAGCAGCAGCAGUAAGGCAAAAUUGAAUUCGCCUGUCACAGGAAAUCGAUACAUAAUUUUCAAUGGAUAUCUCCAACAGAAAUAUUGAUAGUACUGGACCACGACGAAGAUUAACUCAAGAUCUCAACAAACGUCCGCCUAUCAGUCUUGCUACCCACCGACGAUCAGGAACAAUACGAACUAUUGCUGAUCAUGCAGGUAGUAGUCAGAAUGCAGUUUACGAUGACGACUUUAUCGCUCAAAAAUAUGAUACGCAGCCUUCAACAGGAAGAAGAAGAACUGUGCAACUGAAUGACUUUAUCAAUACGCAGACGUCAGCUGGAUCCAGCAGCAAUAUUGAUCUCCUUUAUUCAAGUAACAGAGAUUUUGCAAAAACAGAAGAACAGCAACUAUUAUCAUCGCAGUCAAGAAACAACAACCUUUCAAUACCCAUAAAGCCAUCGACCUCUAUGUAUGACCCUAUAUACAAUAUGAGUCUUGCCUCAACAGGCGAUUUAGAUAAAGCUCGACUUAUGGAAGAGAAUAGAGAGCUACGACAGAGAGAAAAGCAGUACAUGGAUAAGCUUGACAGAUAUGAAAGACAAUUGGAAGAACUGGCCAUCAAAUUUCAACAGUACAAGGAUUUACGUACUACGAAACAAGAGGAAGUACUAGCUGAGCACAUGACAAUAUCGCAAAUGAAAGAUGACGGUAAAAGCAAUAGUUUGAAAUAGGAUGCAGAUGAGGUACCAGGAAUUCAUUUACGUUUUGAAUAUGAUGAUAGCCUAUGUGCAAUUAAGAGAUCAUGUUGAGGCUCUUAUAGAAAAGGAUACUGCUCAGGCCGUUGAUACUGCGUAUAAUCAA